AUGCCGGGUAGCUCCUUUAGCAGCUCCUGCAAGAGGCCCUCAUCAGUACAUCGCCUCGUACGGCGGGGUUGGGGGUCUGACCAGCGGAAGGAGAUCGGCGCUCCGACGUGUGAGAGUGGUAUCUCAACGGGCUUGAGGAUGGAGCGAGAUGUAGGUGGUGCGGAUAGUCUGCGCGGCGGGGGAACCGGGAUGGGAGCAGCAGGACGUGUAGAUGGCUGGGUCGCUGAUUCCUGCAAUCGAAAGUUUGUAAUUGUUCAUAGCGAUGACAUAAGUGCAAAGGACAAACAAAAUUCUGGAAGUGGGGCUACCCUGGUCUGA